AACUACUGGAGUACCUGUCUCCACGGCCGCCACUGGUCUCUCAGCCUCUGGAUCGUUUCCACCGGCUUAUGCGCACAUCGGCAUGCAGCAACAUCAGCAGAAUCUGCCUUCUGUCAGUACUCCAGGAAUUUCUUCGACUGCACCUGCAGCGCAACACCAACAAACACAGACAACAGCUCAACAACAAGCAUCAGUACAAUAACAGACAACAGCACAGCCACAAUUUUCAACUCAGUCAAUAUCGUCAGCGUUUAGUGGAAUGAGUCUUGGAGGCUCAAGUUAUAUGCGUGGAGCCUCAGCUCCGAGUUCUGGCUCAUUUGCCUUCUCACCUUUUGCGCAGCAGCCACAGUCGCAACAGCAACAGCAGCAGCACCCCUUUUAAAUAUUCGGGCGUUCACCUGCUCAGCAACAACCACAGCAGCAUCAACAGCAACCAUAGCAACAACAGCAACAGCAGCAACAUCCACAGCAAUUUCAACAACAGCAACAGCCUCAACAACAAGUUAUUGUCUUUCAACCACCGAAUUUACUUAACAGCACGCAGAUAAAGACUACUAUACCUUUUAACGGAGUUGACUUUUACUCCUGGAGCUUCGAAUUCGAGCUUCUGGCGCAGUCCGCCGGGCUAUGGCCGUUCUUUAUUGGCGAAUUUACGUAUCCUGUUACGGGAACACAACUGGAGCAGCAGAGUUUUUUACAUGCCUCUCUCGGGGCGUAUACGGUUCUCGUUCGAAACUUAUGAGCAAAGGAGCAGUUCGGAGUUCGAUCUUGUCAUUCAAGCUUUACGCCAGCUGAAACUGCAUGGAACCACUUAAAGGGGGUAUACAUGGCAAAAGAUACAAUAACAGUGAGUAAGAUUC